CCAGGCGGGGAUGAGAGCCCGGGUCCCCAUGCCGAAGCAUUUUAGCAGCGGAAGCCGCUACUGCUGAAUCCGCGGAGGCUGAGGUCUGGCACGAACGUGCUGGGGACCCCGAGAUCGUCUGGGUGAAGCGGGCUGCGGUGCACGGGCGCAGGCAGGCGGCUCUGAGACCCGUGAGGAACCCUAGGACAAGAUGCGAGCCACCCCUCUGGUUGCUUCUGCUGGUGUCCCCUGCCGGAAGAAACCGUUGGAGUUCGAUGGCAACAUUGAUGCCGAAAGUACAGUCCUAAAACGAGCGAGAGGACCCGAACCUGGGCCACCCUGCUUCCUGCUGUCCCCGAGUCCACCUCCUGCCUCAGACUUGUCACCUGCUGUGGCCCCUGCAACCCGACUGGGACCUUAUGUCCUCUUGGAACAAGAGCAAGGCAGCCACACCUACCGGGCCCUGCACUGCCCCACAGGCACACAGUACACCUGCAAGGUGUACCCAGCCUGUGAGGCCCGGGAGGUGCUGGCACCCUAUGCACGGCUGCCUACCCAUCAGCACGUGGCCCAUCCCGCAGACAUCCUGUUGGGCUCUCAGUUCCUCUACACCUUCUUCUCGAAGACCCAUGGGGACUUGCACAGCCUGGUGCGCAGCCGCCGCGGUAUUCCCGAGCCCGAGGCUAUUGUGCUUUUCCGGCAGAUGGCUGCUAUGGUGGCACACUGCCACCAACAUGGGCUUGUCUUGCGUGACCUCAAGCUGUGUCGCUUUGUCUUCAGCAACCGUGAGAGGACGAGGCUGGUGCUGGAGAACCUGGAGGAUGCUUGUGUGAUAACUGGACCAGACGACUCUCUGUGGGACAAGCAUGCAUGCCCUGCCUACGUGGGACCAGAGAUACUCAGCUCCCGACCAUCCUACUCUGGCAAAGCAGCUGAUAUCUGGAGCCUGGGCGUGGCACUGUUCACUAUGCUGGCUGGUCACUACCCGUUCCAGGACUCUGAGCCGGCUUUGCUCUUUGGCAAGAUCCGUAGAGGGACCUUUGCCCUGCCUGAAGGCCUAUCAGCCCCAGCCCGAUGCCUGAUCCGAUGUCUCCUUCGAAAGGAACCUUCACAGCGACUAGUGGCCCCGGGCAUCCUUCUGCAUCCCUGGUUGAAGGAGGACCACAGCCUUGUCUCCCCUCCACAGACUAGCCACUGGGAGACUGACCAGGUGGUCCCAGAUGGACCAGGACUGGAGGAGACUGAGGAAGGCGAGUUGGGGCUGUAUGGUUAGGGCUACCCUACUGGCCCCUCAGCUGCAAGCUGUGAAUUGAGUACCUAUUUCCAAGCUUUCUCCUGACUCUUUGGACCGAGCUAACCCUUAAGUGCCUUUAAGGAGGAAGAAACAGCCACUGUGCCUCAUGGAUUCUAUGCUCUCCCACAGGCAUUGUGGGGUGAUGCUCCCUGGGUGCCAAGCCCUAUUCUAGGUACUGUGAACAGCAAAGAGCUGGCUUGGGGUGGGGGAUACCUUGCUGGCUGAGUUGCCACAGUGUCAUAUACUCCCAGGCCAGCAUCCACGCUGGGCACAUUUCAUACCAGAGUUGGCCUUCUGGGGCUAGGUUUCUGUUCACAGGACAGUCCUCUUCAUUGGUGCCCCAGAUGCCUUGUAUCUUGCACUUUAAACAAAGGGAGCAUCUCUGUGCCAAAGACCAAAGGCCUCACUCACCCUGUGCCUCAGGACCACAAGUCAGGCAAGACUGGAAUUGUGCCACUUGCAUCCACCCCUCCAGGCAGGAAAACCUGCUUGAAGGCUUGGCCCAAGAGUCAAGACAAAAGGAUGAGACUCCAAAGAAGCAAACAUCCACCUCAGGGAAUGAGGGUUCAGGUCCCUUCACCCUGGUGGCCUCUAAUUGGAGCUCCACAGUUGGAGAGGAAAGGACAAGAUAGGGAUGGUCCUAAUGCCAUACAGAAAGUCUCAGGCCCUGUUAUGGGGACUCCUAGUACCCAAGGCCCACUGUCAGUAUGCUGGCUUUUCUUCAGUUGAUAGGUAUUUUCACCAUGUGCCUAAUAAAAGAGAAUUGUGAAAUAGUUCUAUA